AUUCUGUAAGUUCAGGGUUGACCAUCAAGGGUGUGGCCGGUCUAUAAGAAGUAUCAAAAUUCGGAGAACGACAUUGUUUUAUCAGGAACUGUUAAAUUAUAAACACCAUGAUUUCGAAACUGAUGAUAUUGGCUAGCGCCUUGGCUCUGUCAGCUGGUGCUUACAACGGACCAUUGGCUGGAGGUCAACCGGCUUCCCAAUUUCCAGCAGGAAUAGACCCCAAAGCCUGUCCGAAUUUCCCAGACUGUUCGAGCCCUCUUGUAGCAAUCAGCCAAGCAGCAUCUCUUCCCGGAGUCCAACAUGAUCCCCUUCAGCAAUACAGUCAUUAUCAACAACCAGCUCAACAAUCCGCAAGGCAAUACGCUCCACAACAAUACAACGCCGUACCACAACAAUACAACCCUGCACCACAGCAACAGUACAAUGUUCCUCAAUACAAUCAUCUACCCCAACAGCCACAGCGUGUAGCUCAGCCUGCCCAGCCCCAAUACCCUCCUGAAAUCCAGAACGCUUUGGAUAGGGGAGAAUACAUUGGAGAUGGAGAUUAUCAUGGUGAAGGUUUGGCUGAAGCUAUGGCUGUGGGACCGAUCAACCAAGCUUCUAGGCAAGCUUAUCAGCCAGCAACUCGUGGUUACAACCCUGCCCCUGUUCAAUACCAACAGCCCCAAGCUGCUCCCCAAUACGCAUCUCUUCCACCCUACAGGGAGCAGAGGCACUCUGCUCAGCAAUUGCCAGCAGGAGUCGAUGGAGCAAGCUGUCCCAACUACCCAUUCUGUGGACAGUAACGUUAUUGAAGAUAAAGACUGGAUUCUUUCAUAAGUUUAGAUAUGUAUAUUUUUGUAAAGAGUUAUAAAUUGAUUGUAGUUUAGCAGUUCCUGUUUAUGUGAUUCGAUAAUAAGAAUACUUGAAAAUCGAA